AUGGAGGCGAUGGCGUCUCAAGAUUUGUGGAUAUGGCACGCAUUAUUUGGUCCUCCAGGUUCGCUAAACGACAUCAACGUUAUGCAACAGUCUCCCUUGUUCCUCCCUGAGCGUAUGGGCAUUGCGCCUAACUGCCCAUUCACUGUAAAUGGGCAUACGUACAAACGUGGCUACUAUCUAGUCGAUGGCAUAUAUCUUGUGUGGUCUACGUUUGUUAAGGCGUACAAAUAUCCUACUGAUCCGAAAGAAAAAAUGUUCAAAAAAGCACAAGAGUCGGCUCGCAAGGAUGUUGAACGGGUUUUCGGUGUUCUUAAGCAAAAAUGGGGUAUCCUUGCUCGACCAUUUCGUCAACGUUCGAUCAAAACAAUUAGGAAUUUGGUGUAUGCGUGUGUGAUAAUGCACAACAUGAUUAUCAAAGAUAACGGUCGUGCGGUUAGUCUGGUUCAUAUAGGAGAUCCCGUAGUCCAGCCGAGUAGUCACUGGGACGGCUUACCGGAGAUAAAAGACGAGGAGACACACUUCCAUCUCCGAAAUGAUCUGACAUAG